UGCCCAAAGCCGACGAAUGCAAAGUAGACACGGAAAAUUUGCCAGUAAUGAGAAUUGCAUUUCCUUGGAAUGCUGAAUACUGUGCAAUAUAUGGGUUUAUUGAAAAGUUACGAUAAUGGCUGCAAAACCUGCAAUACCUGCUAAUACUUCUGCAAAUCCUGUUCAUACUUCUGAAAAACCUGCUGAUACUCCUGCAAAACCAGAGCCAUUCAAAUGUCAUGUUAAUGAGGAUCCGGAUGGAAACAAACCCGACUUUAUUUACGGAGGGCCAUUCUUCGUACCGCUUAAGAAAGAGGAUCGUUUAAUGGACUUGAACACUCCUACGAAUGUGGCGCAUUCGGGGACUUAUAAAAGGAGCUACGCAUACCAUUGUUUGAAAGAACGAUUGCCAAUUAUUUUAACCAAAGUCAUAGAUUAUGUUAACAGAACAAAGCCUGGGGCAGAAUCGCAAAAUUAUAUCAGCAAUGUAAGCAAGUUGAAAUAUGAUCUAACCACGAAUAAAACCUUCGAACAUUUCACUGCUAAAAAUGAAGAGACGGAAAAGUGGAACAGGUGGAUAGAUGAGCUUCAAUACAGCACAUAUUUUACCAAUAGUUUUCUUUGGACAGAGUGUUAUGUCUAUAGGAAGUUGCAGGAACAGUGCGAAUUGUACCCGUCACUAGCAAACUUUGAUCCGUUUCAAGAGCAAAAGAUCUCCGCUGUAACAUCAGGCUUAGAACCUAUGUGUAUAGUAGCAGAGAAGAUGCCAGACAUGCUCAACAAUACCGACGAGGAGCAGCAAAAAUUGGAUUUUAUAACACUGUUGAAGUUAUGCCUAUGGGCGAAUAAAUGCGACAUGGCACUCACUCUGGGUGAGCCCGUAAACCUUAUAGGCGCAGACGAGGAGACUAUGGCCAAAAAGGCCAUCGAUCCUUUUCAGAUGAUCAUAGAUUUAAAGGACAAGUUAUCAAUAGAUAAUAGUGCCAAGGCGUACCAGAAUUUGAAAUCGAAAGUUCCCAAAACCAGAGCGAAAAUGGAAAAAGCUGCCGCGAAACCUUUUAAACAAAAGUGCAGUUGUGAAAGAAUGGCCAGAUUACAAGGAUGGAAAAUACACACUCCACCGGAAGAACCAGAACCUCCACCCCCGCCACCGCCCCCUUUGGAGGGAGAAGAGAUGGUGUUGCCCCCCAAGAUCCCUUGUCCCGCCAAGCUCAUCGUGCCGAGCCGGAUCGUUUACGAUAUCGUAUGUGACAAUACUGGCUACGAGCUAUUCACGGAUCUCUGCUUCGGGACGUUUCUUGUGAAGCAAGAACUUGUGGAGGCGGUGCGAUUCCACGUCAAAAAGUACCCAUGGUUCAUUUCAGACGCAACAAUGAAGGAUUUCAAUCACUUAAUCGAGGAGUGCUCUAAAGCGAGUUAUAGCAGGGUCAUACCUCCGCCACCUCCAAAAGAGGUUAAAGAAGGUGAAGAACCGCCGGAGCCAGAGGAGCCGCGCAACAUUAGCAGCGAGGGCGUUAGAGAACUGGCUGCCACGUGGAAGCAGUACCUUGAGGAUGGCUCCUUCUUUGUUACGGACGAAGACUUCUGGACAUACCCUCACGUGUACAAGGACAUGCAAAAAAUCGACCCGAAUCUCUACCGAAACUUCCAGUUCUCGACAGGGAUACUGUUCAAGGGGGAUCUUAACUACCGCAAGUUGAUGGGAGAGUUGAACACUAACCCCUAUGCGAAGAUGCUCGAACGAUUGCAAGGUUUCAACCCAGCGCCUAUCAUAGCAUGUAGGACAGUCAAGUCUGAGAUAAUUUGCGGUAUGCCUAAAGGCAAAUUCGAGUUAUACACGAAGCUCGACCCUGACUGGAUGAAGAAAGGAAUUUACGGAGUAAUCCAGUUCUGCCCCAAGGCCGAGCCGUUCAAGCCAGGCACUUUGCCCUGCAUCGACUAUGGAAAGACAUGUUUCAGCAAAGAAUGUCCUGUGCAUAAAGAUUUUUAACUACAAUACUUCUAAUAAGGAUGUCACUACACUCCAAAAAUUUGUCUCCGUGUAAUAAGAGCGGAUAAGACAAUGUUGACGAGUUAUUUUGUCACCGGCUCAAGCCGAGUCCGCGUGGUAUGGUGCCACCUUAACUGUAAAUUUAUAAUACAUCACGGUUUUAAAAUAUAUCAUGUUUAGUAACAUUUAUUAAGUUCACUAAAGUACAACCCAAGUUUAAUAAACUUGGGUUACCUAUUUCCAUAUUUUUAACGCUUUUUUAACUAAGAAAAUUUGAGUAAUCAUGACAAGUGCAAGCGAUACUUAAAAUAUAAAUAUUUACAAUCCAUUCAAUAUGUUUUACGUAUUUAAGAGUCUGUACUGCCUCAAAUGGCUUUGGUUGAUUCAGCAUAAAAGUGAAAGUGAAAAAUCACUUUGGAAAAAAUAUAUAGUAAAAUAUCGAGUUCUUAGGUUUUC